AAGACGGGAGAGGACAAAAGCAUGUCUUCCCUUCCUGGGUGCAUUGGUUUGGAUGCAGCAACAGCUACAGUGGAGUCUGAAGAGAUAGCAGAGCUGCAACAGGCAGUGGUUGAGGAACUGGGUAUCUCUAUGGAGGAACUUCGGCAUUUCAUCGAUGAGGAACUGGAGAAGAUGGAUUGUGUACAGCAGCGCAAGAAGCAGCUAGCAGAGUUAGAGACAUGGGUAAUACAGAAAGAAUCUGAGGUGGCUCACGUUGACCAGCUAUUUGAUGAUGCAUCCAGGGCAGUGACUAAUUGUGAGUCUUUGGUGAAGGACUUCUACUCCAAGCUGGGACUACAAUACCGGGACAGUAGCUCCGAGGACGAAUCUUCCCGGCCUACAGAAAUAAUUGAGAUUCCUGAUGAAGAUGAUGAUGUCCUCAGUAUUGAUUCAGGUAAGGGAUGAGCUUUGGAUAGGAAACUCCGUGAAGCUAUGGCUGCCUUAAGAAAGUCAGCUCAAGAUGUUCAGAAGUUCAUGGAUGCUGUCAACAAGAAGAGCAGUUCCCAGGAUCUGCAUAAAGGAACCUUGAGUCAGAUGUCUGGAGAACUAAGCAAAGAUGGUGACCUGAUAGUCAGCAUGCGAAUUCUGGGCAAGAAAAGAACUAAGACAUGGCACAAAGGCACCCUUAUUGCCAUCCAGACAGUUGGGCCGGGGAAGAAAUACAAGGUGAAAUUUGACAACAAAGGAAAGAGUCUACUGUCGGGGAACCAUAUUGCCUAUGAUUACCACCCUCCUGCUGACAAGCUGUUUGUGGGCAGUCGGGUGGUCGCCAAAUACAAAGAUGGGAAUCAGGUCUGGCUCUAUGCUGGCAUUGUAGCUGAGACACCAAACGUCAAAAACAAGCUCAGGUUUCUCAUUUUCUUUGAUGAUGGCUAUGCUUCCUAUGUCACACAGUCUGAACUGUAUCCCAUUUGCCGGCCACUGAAAAAGACUUGGGAGGACAUAGAAGACAUCUCCUGCCGUGACUUCAUAGAGGAGUAUGUAACUGCCUACCCCAACCGCCCCAUGGUACUGCUCAAGAGUGGCCAGCUUAUCAAGACUGAGUGGGAAGGCACAUGGUGGAAGUCCCGAGUUGAGGAGGUGGAUGGCAGCCUAGUCAGGAUCCUCUUCCUGGUACUGUUUUUCCCUAGAAUUUUGGAGGCAGAAGUUGGUUCGGGGGGACUUAAGAAGCACAGCCAUUGCUGCCUUUUUAUGUUGUAUAAGUUAAGGAUCAGAUGUGUGACUGAAUACAAGCAUCAUAGCUAUCAUCUUCUCAGUGAUCAAUUCCUUUUUCCUAUAGGUGCUGUGAGGAGCAAAGGCCCUGUUGUCCAGUACACACAGGAUCUGACCGGUACUGGAACCCAGUUCAAGCCAGUGGAACCCCCACAGCCUACAGCUCCACCUGCCCCACCUUUCCCACCUGCUCCACCUCUAUCUCCCCAAGCAGGUGACAGUGACUUGGAAAGCCAGCUUGCCCAGUCACGGAAGCAGGUAGCCAAAAAGAGCACAUCCUUCCGACCAGGAUCUGUGGGCUCUGGUCAUUCCUCCCCUACGUCUCCUGCACUCAGUGAAAAUGUCUCUGGUGGGAAACCUGGGAUCAACCAGACGUAUAGAUCACCUUUAGGCUCCACAGCCUCUGCCCCAGCACCCUCAGCACCCCCAGCCCCUCCAGCACCCCCAGCCUUCCAUGGCAUGCUGGAGCGGGCCCCAGCAGAGCCCUCCUACCGUGCUCCCAUGGAGAAGCUUUUCUACUUACCUCAUGUCUGCAGCUAUACCUGUCUGUCUCGAGUCAGACCUAUGAGGAAUGAGCAGUACCGGGGCAAGAACCCUCUGCUGGUUCCAUUACUAUAUGACUUCCGGCGGAUGACAGCCCGGCGUCGAGUUAACCGCAAGAUGGGCUUUCAUGUUAUCUAUAAGACACCUUGUGGUCUUUGCCUUCGGACAAUGCAGGAGAUUGAACGCUACCUUUUCGAGACUGGCUGUGACUUCCUCUUCCUGGAGAUGUUCUGUUUGGAUCCAUAUGUUCUUGUGGACCGAAAGUUUCAGCCCUAUAAGCCUUUUUACUAUAUUUUGGACAUCACCUAUGGGAAGGAAGAUGUUCCCCUAUCCUGUGUCAAUGAGAUUGACACAACCCCUCCACCCCAGGUGGCCUACAGCAAGGAACGUAUCCCGGGCAAGGGUGUUUUCAUUAACACAGGCCCUGAAUUUCUGGUUGGCUGUGACUGCAAGGAUGGGUGUCGGGACAAGUCCAAGUGUGCCUGCCAUCAACUAACUAUCCAGGCUACAGCCUGUACCCCAGGAGGCCAAAUCAACCCUAACUCUGGCUACCAGUACAAGAGACUAGAAGAGUGUCUACCCACAGGGGUAUAUGAGUGUAACAAACGCUGCAAAUGUGACCCAAACAUGUGCACAAACCGGUUGGUACAACAUGGACUACAAGUUCGGCUACAGCUAUUCAAGACACAGAACAAGGGCUGGGGUAUCCGCUGCUUGGAUGACAUUGCCAAAGGCUCUUUUGUCUGUAUUUAUGCAGGCAAAAUCCUGACAGAUGACUUUGCAGACAAGGAGGGUCUGGAAAUGGGUGAUGAGUACUUUGCAAAUCUGGACCAUAUCGAGAGCGUGGAGAACUUCAAAGAAGGAUAUGAGAGUGAUGCCCCCUGUUCCUCUGACAGCAGUGGUGUAGACUUGAAGGACCAGGAAGAUGGCAACAGCGGUACAGAGGACCCUGAAGAGUCCAAUGAUGAUAGCUCAGAUGAUAACUUCUGUAAGGAUGAGGACUUCAGCACCAGUUCAGUGUGGCGGAGCUAUGCUACCCGGAGACAGACCCGGGGCCAGAAAGAGAACGGACUCUCUGAGACAACUUCCAAGGACUCCCACCCCCCAGAUCUUGGACCCCUACAUAUUCCUGUUCCUCCCCCAAUCCCUGUAGGUGGCUGCAAUCCACCUUCCUCUGAAGAGACACCCAAGAACAAGGUGGCCUCAUGGUUGAGCUGCAAUAGUGUCAGUGAAGGUGGUUUUGCUGACUCUGAUAGCCAUUCAUCCUUUAAGACUAAUGAAGGUGGGGAGGGCCGGGCUGGGGGAAGCCGAAUGGAGGCUGAAAAGGCCUCCACCUCAGGACUAGGCAUCAAGGAUGAGGGAGACAUCAAGCAGGCCAAGAAAGAGGACCCUGACGACCGAAACAAGAUGUCAGUAGUUACUGAAUGCUCUCGAAACUACGGUUACAAUCCUUCUCCCGUGAAGCCUGAAGGACUUCGCCGCCCACCUAGUAAGACUAGUAUGCAUCAAAGCCGACGACUCAUGGCUUCUGCUCAGUCCAACCCUGAUGAUGUCCUGACACUGUCCAGCAGCACAGAAAGUGAGGGGGAAAGUGGGACCAGCCGAAAGCCCACUGCUGGUCAGACUUCGGCUACAGCGGUUGACAGUGAUGAUAUCCAGACCAUCUCCUCUGGCUCUGAAGGGGAUGACUUUGAGGACAAGAAGAACAUGACUGGUCCAGUGAAGCGUCAAGUGGCAGUAAAGUCAACCCGAGGCUUUGCCCUUAAAUCAACCCAUGGGAUUGCAAUUAAAUCAACCAACAUGGCCUCUGUGGACAAGGGGGAGAGUGCACCUGUUCGUAAGAACACACGCCAAUUCUACGAUGGCGAGGAGUCUUGCUACAUCAUCGAUGCCAAGCUUGAAGGCAACCUGGGCCGCUACCUCAACCACAGUUGCAGCCCCAACCUGUUUGUCCAGAAUGUCUUCGUGGAUACCCAUGAUCUUCGCUUCCCCUGGGUGGCCUUCUUUGCCAGCAAAAGAAUCCGGGCUGGGACAGAACUUACUUGGGACUACAACUAUGAGGUGGGCAGUGUGGAAGGCAAGGAGCUGCUCUGUUGCUGUGGGGCCAUUGAAUGCAGAGGACGUCUUCUUUAGAGGACAGCCUUCUUCCCAACCCUUCUUGAACUGUCGUUUCCUCAGGAACUGGGUCUUCCUGAUUGUUGAACCCUGACCCGAAGUCUCUGGUCUAGCUACUCCCCCCAGCUCCUAGUAGAUAGAAAUAGGGGUUCUGGACCAGAUGAUCCCUUCCAAUGUGGUGCUAGCAGGCAGGAUCCCUUCUCCACCUCCAAAGGCCCUAAAGGGUGGGGAGAGAUCACCACUCUAACCUAGGCCUGACAUCCCUCCCAUCCCACAUUUGUCCAAGUGUUCCUGCUUCUAACAGACUUUGUUCUUAGAAUGGAGCCUGUGUAUCUACUAUCUCCAGUUUGUAUUAUUUCUUGAAAGUCUUUUAACAAUAUGAUAAAACUAA